AUGUCCCUUACAUUGGGGGUCAGUGGGAAGAAUGUCCCUUACAUUGGUGAUCAGUGGGAAGAAUGUCCCUUACAUUGGGGGGUCAGUGGGAAGAAUGUCCCUUACAUUGGGGGUCAGUGAGAAGAAUGUCCCUUACAUUGGGGGUCAGUGGGAAGAAUGUCCCUUACAUUGGGGGUCAGUGGGAAGAAUGUCCCUUACAUUGGUGGGUCAUUGGGAAGAAUGUCCCUUACAUUGGGGGUCAGUGGGAAGAAUGUCCCUUACAUUGGGGGUCAGUGGGAAGAAUGUCCCGUACAUUGGUGAUCAGUGGGAAGAAUGUCCCUUACAUUGGUGAUCAGUGGGAAGAAUGUCCCUUACAUUGGGGGUCAGUGGGAAGAAUGUCCCUUACAUUGGUGAUCAGUGGGAAGAAUGUCCCUUACAUUGGGGGUCAGUGGGAAGAAUGUCCCUUACAUUGGUGAUCAGUGGGAAGAAUGUCCCUUACAUUGGUGAUCAGUGGGAAGAAUGUCCCUUACAUUGGGGAUCAGGGGGAAGAAUGUCCCUUACAUUGGGGGUCAGUGGGAAGAAAUGUCCCUUACAUUGGGGAUCAGUGGGAAGAAUCCCUCUUUACAAAUAGCUAA